AUGGAAGCCAAAGAAGCUGAGCGAGCAGCGUUCCUGCUAGACGCCCAAAACAAAGCCAUCUCCCUCUUCAAAGAAAUCGAAACAAGCCUAGUUCGACCUGGUAUUAGCGAAAAGGCAUUGAGCGAUGAGAUUCACAAACUAGGCGCCGAGCGCUACAAUGUCCGCACGCAUUGGCAUAAACGGGUUGUUCGGAGUGGUCCAAACACAUUGAGACCCUACGCCGACAAUCCCCCCGAUCGAAUCAUCCAAGAAGACGAUAUCCUGAUCGUGGAUCUAGGACCCGUCUUCGAAGAAUGGGAAGCCGAUUUUGGCCGCACGUUCGUGUUGGGAGAGGAUUCGCACAAGAAAAGACUACGAGAUGCGCUGCAGCCGAUCUGGGAAAUUGUCAAAUCCAAAUUCCGCGAGAAUCCCGAUAUGACCGGCGAGGAGUUAUACGAUAUUUCGUGUGCGGUGGCGCGGGAGCAUGGGUUCGAGUUUGGUGCUGAGAUUGCUGGGCAUAUUGUUGGUGAUUUUCCGCACGAACGCAUUCCGAAAGAUAAGACGACGUUGUAUAUUACGAAAGGCAAUGACAAGACCAUGAAUUGUGUUGGGCCGGAUGGGUUUAAGCGGCAUUGGAUUCUGGAGAUUCAUCUUCACGAUACUGUCCGAGGCUUUGGGGGUUUCACCGAGCAAUUGUUGACGGUGGAGUGA